AUGAUUUCUAUAGGAGAAGAGUUGGAAAGAGAGAAUCCUCUGUUGGAAAAUAGCCAGCUUUCCCCCGCAAUUAACUUGAUGGAAACACAGCAACCUAUCCCAGACGAUAUUGUCAGAAACGAUGAAGAAGACCUCCAGUUACUUGCAAGAGCGAGGGUAGUUGGUGUGCAGUAUGAGUUUGCACAGCAUGGUGCAUCAGAAACUGAAGAGGACAAGAGGAGGAGAAGGCGGCGAAAUCAAAGGAGAGUAUCUCAUGAGGAAGGAAGGCUGCGUGAAGUUGUCGGAGAUUUACCACCACCUCCUCUAGCAGGAUCAAGUCAGGUUGAGGAUAAUGCCUAUAGCGCUAUACGUGCAUUUGAAGUGGAGCAAAUGACCUACACAUUCAGUUGUUGCGAGGUCUGCAAGGAACGACGUCUGGAAUGCAAGGGCACAAGAAACAUGUGUACUCGCUGCAGACGAGAUAAGAAGAUACCAAAGGUUUGGUCAGAAGAGAACAACAUGGACCCAAUGUCUGUCCCGGAGAUUCUGUCUGGAAUGUCAGAUGCUGAGCAGAUGCUGAUAGCAAGG